AUGUCUAAAGGCACACCCCGCCCCCUCCCUAUCUCUUCCCCUCUAUUUCCUUCCAUCCCUCGCUCCCUCCAGCUCCCUCGCUAUCAGUAUGGUGUCUUUUGGUUCCUCCUGCUUGCCGUCCUUUGGCUCAUUGGACCCUCCCCUGCUCACGCUGCUCACUUCCGUGUCGGGGUGGUAGGGCCGUGGUCAUGUGACCCUCUCUUCUCCAAAGCGCUGCCGAGUGUGGCGGCCCAGCUGGCAGUCAACCGUAUCAACAGAGACCCUGUCCUCUCACUGGCAGCCACUUUUGAUUAUGUCAUUCUGGAAGAGAAAUGUGAGACUUCCAGGGCUCUGGAUGGGUUCAUGGGCUUCUAUACCAGGGCUACAGGCUUCAUCGGGCCGGCCAACCCUGGGUACUGUGACGCUGCAUCGCUACUGGGCAAGGGCUGGAACAAGGCGGUGUUUUCGUGGGGAUGUGUUGGCUAUGAGCUGGAUGAUGUGCGGAGCCACCCUACCUUUGCCCAUUCCAUGCCCCGACCCACCUGGGUGCUGAUCAGCCUCAUGCAGCACUUCCGCUGGGCACAAGUUGGCAUCAUUGCCUCCUCAGAGGAGAGCUGGGUGGAGACCUCCAUCAAGGUGGCCAACUCUCUGAGGAGUCAUGGGAUGCCGGUGAGGCUGGUGGUUACCAUCGGUAACGACCCUGGUAGUGUCAGGAAGACCCUGGCCAAGCUCAAGAAGGUGGAGGACCUACGAUUGGUGAUCAUGUGUAUGCACUCUGCCCUGAUCGGAGGGGGACCUCAGAAGCUCCUGCUAGAAACAGCAAAGGACAUGAGACUGACCGAGGGAUCCCUGGUGUUUCUACCCUACGACACGCUACUCUACAGCCUACCCUACCACAAUGUCACCUACCCUGCCCUGAGGAGCAACAGCAAGCUACUCAAGGCCUACGAUGCCGUGUUGACAGUCACUAUAGACUCUCCCAAGACAUCUUUCUACCAGGCCUAUCAGGAGGCUAUAGACAGGGGAGAGAUAGCGGGAAAUGUCAAGCCAACACAGGUGUCUCCUCUGUUUGGGACCAUCUACAGCUCCGUGCUGUUCAUGGCCCAUGCUGUCCACAGGGUCAAGGCCUCAGGGGAGUGGCUCUCUGGGGGGAACCUGGCCCGACACACCCACAACCUGGCCUUCCAGGGCUUCAGCCACCCUGUGAGGACCAACAUGUCUGGAGCCGGCUUGGCUGACUAUGUAAUACUGGAUACAGACGGGAAAACCUGGGACCUCAGGCCCACACACAGGAUAGAGAUGGCUGCUGACAUGGUGAGGUUCCUGGGUAGAGAUAUCAACUUCCCACACGGUAUCUCCCCCAAGACUGACUCCAACUGUUGGUUCAUCAAAGGCAUCAUCUGCACUGGAGGUGUGGAUCCGUUCUCUGCUGUUAGGAUCUUCCUGGGAUUCGUCCAGACGGGUUUCGUCUUGUUUAUUCUAACCUACUGCAUCAAGCGACGCAUCAACCACAUCCGGUUGUUCCGGGGUCCCAACAAGAUCCUGCUCACCCUUGAUGACGUCACCUUCAUCAACCCGUCGCUUAGCAACAAGAAGCUUAGUAUAGACAGUAACAGAAAGAUCAGUGGAGUCUCUCUGACGAGCCAUUCACAGCACAGCCUCACGUCCCCCUUCUCUGAGCAAUCACCUGCUACCUACGAGAACUCCAACAUCGUCCUCUAUGAGGGAGACUGGGCGUGGCUGAAGAGACUACCUCAUGGAACGUUCAGGAAUAUCAACCCCAAAACCAGUGACGUGUUUGAAUUGAUGAAGGACAUGCGUCAUGAGAACAUUAACCUUUUCCUGGGUUUCUUCCACGACUGUGGAGUGUUUGCCAUCGUAACCGAGUUCUGCACCAGGGGAAGCAUGGAAGACCUAUUGCUCAAUGAGGAUGUCAAACUGGAUUGGAUGUUCAAGUCAUCACUACUGUUGGACCUUAUUAAGGGUAUGAAGUACCUGCACCACAGGAACUUGUAUCACGGUCGUCUGAAGAGCAGGAACUGUGUGGUGGAUGGACGCUUCGUCCUGAAGAUCUCUGACUACGGAUACAACGAGGUUCUAGAGGCAGCAAAGUUCCCCUACACAGAACCUCCUGCAGAGGACCUGUUGUGGACUGCCCCUGAGAUUCUGCGUGGCCCCUCCCCCGGUCUCUACGGCAGUCUCCAUGGAGACGUGUACAGCUUCGCCAUCAUCAUGCAGGAAGUGGUCAUGAGAGGCCCGCCUUUCUACAUGCUGGAGCAGUCUGCUGCAGAGUUGAUCCAGAAAAUCCGUAAGCCCCCUCCUCUGUGUCGUCCGGUGGUCUCCCCUGACUACGCCCCUAUGGAGUGUAUCCAGCUGAUGAAACAGUGUUGGAACGAAGAGCCAGACAGACGGCCAUGCUUCGACCAGAUCUUUGACCUGUUUAAGAACAUCAACAAGGGCAGGAAGACCAACAUCAUAGACUCCAUGUUGAGGAUGCUGGAGCAGUACUCCUCUAACCUGGAGGAGCUGAUCAGAGAGAGGACUGAGGAGCUGGAGAUAGAGAAACAGAAGACUGAGAAACUACUCACUCAGAUGCUGCCACCGACGGUUGCGAAUGCCCUGAAGGUGGGUGGUACGGUGGAACCGGAGUACUUUGACAACGUGACGCUGUACUUCAGUGACAUCGUUGGCUUCACCACCAUCUCAGCCAAUAGCGAGCCCAUCGAAGUGGUUGACCUUCUGAACGACCUCUACACGCUGUUUGACGCAAUCAUUGGCAACCACGAUGUCUAUAAGGUGGAGACGAUAGGCGAUGCCUACAUGGUGGCGUCAGGGUUACCGGUUGCCAAUGGAGAUCGUCACGCGGCAGAGAUAUCCAACAUGGCACUAGACAUUCUCAGUGCUGUGGGCACCUUCAAGAUGAGACACAUGCCUGACGUACCUGUACGGAUACGCAUAGGAUUACACUCAGGUCCGUGUGUGGCGGGGGUGGUGGGACUGACCAUGCCUAGAUACUGUCUGUUCGGAGACACUGUCACCACAGCCUCUCGUAUGGAGUCCACUGGGAUGCCCUACAGAAUCCAUGUCCAUAACAGCACAGUUAAAAUCCUGCUGGAACUCAAGGCAGGAUACAAGGUGCAACUGAGAGGCAAAACUGACCUGAAGGGAAAAGGAGGAACAGAGGAGACCUACUGGCUCAUAGGGAAGGACAACUUUGAGAAACCUCUCCCUGUCCCCCCUGAAUUCAAGAAAGGGUCUGUCCAGGAGAUCAAGGACUUCAAGCUGCUCCUCCAGAAGGCCGUGAAGAAGAUCUCCACUGUCAGAACGGUGGCUAUGGUUACUACGGCGGACGACGACAACGUCAUGAUGCACCACCACUGACCAAUCAGACUUCCUGAUGCACCACCACUGACCAAUCAGACUUCCUGAUGCACCACCACUGACCUUUGACCCUAGCCAGAAAGAGGCAUCAUGGGAGCUACAGCAAAGGCAUAUUUUGACUCCAUUUUGAAUAAAUGGAACUUGGGGCUGACCAAUGAGGACCACCAAUUGACUAUUGUGUGGACAUCCAACUUUUUUGCUUUUAUGGCUCCCGGUCUUUCAGACUGAUUCUGUGUCCAUUAUGAGCCUUGGAUCCUUACUAUCGCCCCAUGGUCAACAAAGAGGGAACAGCAGGGCGGAAGAGGAUCCAGUGACAGGUUUGCGUCUGCAGGUUAUUGGUGAAUAUUCAGAAAAGGGAGCUUACAAGUGUCUGGUCAUACAUUGCCCAAGCAACCGUGUGUGCGUGCGCCUGCGUCUGCAUACCCCUGUGUGUGUGUAUGUGUAUGUGUGUGUGUGUGUGUGUGUGUGUGUGUGACGGGGGAGGGGAAGUGAAAGGAUGUGCUGUGUAGAGAUUACUGCAGCUUGUUUUAAAUAUGAAGCAUCUUGCCGGACGGUAGGACUAUUAUUAGAACUAUCAGUGUUACUCAGUAAACCACAGAUCGGAUCUGUCCAGUGAGUCUACUCGCUUGGUGUCCCAUAAACGCUUUGCUCAAAGCCUCUUCCUGCUUUUCUUCUCCUUCUGAUUUCCUCCUUCUCAUCUUCCUCUCUUCGUGUCCUGACGAAACAGUCUCUCUUGAUCGUCAUGCUCCCUGCAUUCGCACUCUGUCCGUCUGCUGACUUACUGAAACACAAGCUUUGCUUUUUUUGUUUGUUCUUGCAUGUUGUGCUAUGUUGAUGUUCUUAAAUUGUAAACCUCGGACUCUUCCAGAAAAACUCUCCCAGAAUUUUGAACCUGAAUAGGUCAAAUCAAAUUGUAUUUGUCACAUGCACUGAAUACAACAGGUGUAGGUUUACUUACGAGCCAUUUCCCCAACAAUGCAGUGCAAAAAAACAACAAUUACAAAAAAUAUAAUGUGUCAGUGACGGGUCGCUGCAGGUGUGAAAAUCCCCAUAUAAAGUGAUACGUUACUGUAACAUGUGUAUAACACAUCUGUGAAAUCACUUGUGAGUAUAUACUUGGGGCCUAGAAGGGACUGUUAUGUAUAGCAUGUGCUCACUGAGACACUUUGUAUGUGAGAGACAAUUCAUCAAAAUAUCACCUGUAGGACUUCUCUGAUGUACAAACAUACACUCUGAUGACGCACAAACAUUCCUGUAUGGAAUAAUUCUUUCCAUCAUCAUUUUUCAACACGCCUGUAUUAUAACCACUUCAAGACGAUAUAAUAUUUUGUUUGUUUACCAGUGUUUAUUGUAUUUGUGUAUAAUUGUGUACUGUAACUUGUUAGCAUGGCUUGCAAUACAAAAUUGUGAAAAUUGUCA